AUGUUUGCCCUUAGCUGCCAAUGGAAGCCCCUCCGUGGACUUUUCAAAGAGAAAAUUACUCCAUCCACUAUAGUCAUCCAGCUUGUUCAAGCGUUGAAUAGUUUGCUGAUGAAAUUCAUCUCUACGUUUCUGAUUGCUCUAUUUAUUCGUUUGCGACAGUGCCUAAUGCACGAUAUCUUUUCCCCCCUGAUUACAAUUUUAAUUAAAAUGCCUACCCUUAUCGGCCAGUGGAGGCAUCUACUAUCCAACCAUGGUGAUUCCAAUCAACAAAUCACAGAAUUAGCUCAGUGUUCAUCAAUCUCUGUUCCUAUAGGGUAUAAUAGUAAUUCCACAGCUGAUUUUGUCUCAUGUAAGGACCAGAACUCCUCGAAUCUGCGAGAUAUACUCGAUUUCGCGAAGGCGGAAUCAACUUGGCUCGCGAAAUCGUCAACGUUGGUUCCCUCAAGCCCGGGUAAAAGGGUGAAUAAAGUACGCCCGAGUCGACUAACGUCGGGCUUUAUCCCCAGCCUCGAAAGCAUUGAGGAGGCCGACGAAGAGGCGGAGGAUGACUCGGAGUUGGUGGUCUCGGAAGAAAAGGAGGAUAAACGGAAAAAGAACAAAGGGGAGGGUGAGAAAUCCGGGAGGAAAGAUGAUGAAGACAAACGUGUGCAUGCUAAUGAGUUAGAGACAUGUGAACGAGAGGAAAGAGAAAUUGCCCAGGCAGCAUGGAAUAAUGAAGGCAGAGAUCAGACCGUCGUGCUAACGGCAGUUCCAAUUCAGAUUAAUACAGUUGAGCCUGCAAAUGUCGGACCGGCAUGGGGCAGUCAUCGCCGCCACCGCAUUAGACGACGUUUGCGGAGACUGUGGAUACAGUUCAUUACUUGUGGGACUAAUGACGUGGACGAAUAUAGCCUAUAA